AUGACGCAAUCCGCUUCCCCUGAGCAGCUACUUCAACAGCUGCUCGUCUUGUCCAUGUGGCAGCUUUUCGACAUUUGGGAAUUCCAGCUCGCCAUCCUCAUGACGGACUCGAUCUUCCUCGAAGAAGUCUCGCACUUCCUCCACAGCUUCGACUGGGCGGUAGAUCCUGGGAACGUGCUCGUCCAGGCACUGGACAAAGAUCCGUUGGGGCUGUCUGCAGGGUCCACCACCGCAUCACCAGCCGUGGCGAAAGACUUCCUGGAUGAGUGUCCAGCCUCCGAUGUUGUCCAAGAGCUCGGAAAUCUCCACGAGAGUCUCAAUGGCAUGCGGAACAGUUGCAGUGACUACACUUCUACGGAUACCGAAAGCGUCCGGUCCCCAGCGCCGUCUCCUUCCCAUCCCGACGCGAUCGAGAGUAUCCGAACUCGAGACGCCAUUCGCCGCAGUACGUACCGGAAAAAGCAGAAAGCUCAACGGACGGCUCUUCACGAUCAAGUGAAGACGCUGUCGAGUCAAUUGGCAAUUUUGCAGAAACGGGUCAAUGGUGGGACAGUAGUGCAAGGAGGGCCGCAGCAGGAUCAUCUGCUGAUGUGGAAAGCUCUGGCGGAUCGACAGUUGCAGGCCAAGCUGCUGGCUGAAGAACAGCAUGGGAGAUACUUGGAGGCAGUGGAGCACCAGUCGAUGCUGAUACGGGAGUUGGGUGCUCUGGUGCGAAAGAGACUGCGAGAUGAACGGCAGGAAGGAAGGAAGAGCUGUUUGGUCAAGAAAGCGCGGUGCGAGUCGCCGGAUCGGGCGCUCUAUGAGACGUACAUUAAGAAACUGGACGAAGUCCAUGCUCAGACCGACACGAUUCUGGAAGCUUCGGCAGUGAAUACGUCGUUGAGUACGUCAGAUGAGAACGAUGAGUUGAAGGUUUUCUACUUGCCUUCGAAACGGGCGGUGAAGGAUGCGACGUAUCAUGAGUUUGUGGGGAAAUCGACAACGCCGUUCUCGUUUGAUCGGGUGCAGGCUCACAUCGAUAGUGCCUGCAGGCUGGACAAGCUCACGGGGUCCACAGAAGUCGUGGGGGAUUGGAUCCCGAAUAACACGACGAUCUUGAAAUAUCAGGGAUCAGUUCCUGGAUGUCGCGGUAAGAUCGUGCAGCUCCACGUUGCGCGCAAGUAUUUCGAGGGUCGCCGAAUUGUGAUUGUCUGGAAGAAGUUUACAGAAGGGGAAGGCGAUUGUGCUGGUAUGCACGCUGAUGAAACUGGCUGGUGCGUCCUUCAGCCGUCCUUCAGCAGUGUGGAGGGGUGUGCUGGCACUCUAUUGGAGUCGGUCACUCGGUUUGUCCCCAUGAAUUUCAGCUUUGUGGUCUCAGGUGCGAAAGAGAAGCUGUUUGCUGACGCCAUCAUCAAGGUGGAAGAAGAGAUAUGCCAAACCUGUCUGAAAACGCUGGAAGAAGUCCUUUUGGAUGAUACCGUAGGGGUCUGCUGA